AUGAGCCCUUCUCCCGUCUUCACCUUUGGUGCCAAAGAUAAGACUGAUCAAAUCAGUAGUACCGUCAAUGAAAAUGGCUACGGCGUAGUGGUCCGCCGUGACAAAAAUGGCACCGACGACUCCAAGUUCUACCUCAAGAACAUCGUAUCCGGGAUUCCAGCGGAUGGAGAAUGGCCAGAGAUCAAGCUCAUCGCUCCCGACGAGAAAACGCAGACUUACCACCCAAAGCAUCCCUUCUACCUCGGGUAUGACAGGGUGACCGCGAACCCGAUUCUCUACGUCCACGCGUUGGCCUCAGGGGAGAAAGUCGACUACAUCCAGCAUACCAGCCUGUCGGAUUACAAGCUGUCCAACUUCAAGAGACAAAAGUCCGACUUCCACGGCUGCUCCAAGUUCUUCGCAAAGCGUAACCUAAUCGCGCUCUGCGACGCCAAGGACAACUACCGCAUUAUCAGCGGCCACGAGGACCGUUUCUCGUUCCCGACGAGUGAGAGGCUGCAGCGGGUGAUAUUGAACAUCGGCAUGACUGGAGGGCUGUACCCCAUCCCCGUAGUCCUGAUGGACGCGAAGGCUGGCUCGUCGGAGUCGCGGAGGAUAAAGUGGUGGAAGGCUGAGGAUAGCACGGAAAGUUACUUUGAGAACUCCGGCACGAAGCCUGAGGCCAUGGUGUGCUUUGAUGAUUACAUCGUCUGGCACAGCAAUGGGGCCGAUGACAGCACGCCCACCAUCGGAUGGAUCGAUAUCAAAAGAACGGGGAAGCCGACGACGUCCUUUGAAUCCUUCUCUGUGUCGAGGACGACCGUCGCGAUUGCGAAUUCGGGCGACAGGUUCAAGGACGGGGGGCAUACGUGGUAUGCUACCAGCGACGGUGGAGUAUACUACUUCGAUGCGUCCAAGAAGAAGGCUACCAAGAUGCUCACCGCGAGUGAUAUCAAGGGUGCCUCUUCGACGGUCGCUCAGCUUUGGGCGGAUAAGUAUUUUCUGUAUGUCCUGACGGGCAAUGGCUUGGGCGCCGCUUUCAAGAUUACGACUGUUGUUUAA